AUGUGGAGCAGUGAAAUCGUCACCGAUCCGCAUCUUUUCGUCGAAGGAGCCUCGCCGAAUGAUGUCACACAGGGUAUCCUCGGGAAUUGCUGGUUUGUGAGCGCAUGUUCAGCUCUCACUCACAACACCGCUCUCUUGGAUAAGGUGAUCCCGAAUUCGAAUAAACAAGAAGUGGGGCCCGGGCAAUACCUAUUCGGGAUUGUUUCGAUUUCGUUUCUGGCGCUUUGGCAAUUGGAUGGAAGUGGUGGUGGA